UCUGAGUUCGGAAUAUCCUUCGAGCUCGGCCAUGAUUGCUGCUCGGAAAUCUACUUUUGCUGACAAAUGGCCACACGAGGGAAAGAAAGGGUGGAAGUGUAAGGUCAAGCAGAUGGUAGAUGCAGGGUGGAAGUACACCCCAACUCCAGAAUACGAUGAUAUGGCGACCUGCGCGUACUGUAACUUGGCGCUGGAUGGAUGGGAAAACUCGGACAAGCCAAUGUAAGUCGUCUGGUUGCGACUUCUCACGAUGUUAAUUCUAAUUUUGGCAGGGACGAACACUUCAAACGAUCCCCGGAAUGCCCUUUCUUUGCUCUCAUAAAUGAACACCUGAAAAGUCCAGCUCCAAAGAAGGCCAAAGCGAAACGAGACAGGACAUCAAAAGCUUCUAGAUUUUCCACACAGUCAGCGUUUACUGUUGCCUCCGAAGUACCAGAGGAUCUGCCAGCAGAAGAGGAGGACAGUAUUUUGACAACCGCAACAACCGCUACCACGAAGAAGAUGGGAAGAGCAAAGAAAGCACCUGCUGCCAAGGGUAAGAAGACCAGAGCGAAGAAGGGCGAACCUGUGGAGGUCGUGGAAGCUCCCGAGCCGGAAGAUGAUGAUUUUGAAGUGAAGGUGGACGUGGACUCGGCACCGAAACCUAGUCGGGCGAGAAAGCGAAAGAGUGAAGACGAGGUAGAAGUUGCUCCCACUGUUGAUAUUGCACCCCCGCCAGCAAAACGGAGAGCAACUCGAACUAGAGGAAGCACUGCUAUCGAUGACUCGAUCCUCAAUUACGAUGACCAACCACAGGAGAAGCCGAAGCCUGCGGUCAGGAAAGGACGACCAUCCCGUAAAGUCUCAACCGCAUCAGUGGCGCCAACAAAAGCACCAUUUCUCGACGACGAUGAGAUCGACAAAGCACUUGAAGCUGAUCUUAAUAGACCAUUGACCGAGGAUGAGGGAGAACCUGUGGCAAUCCUUCCCCCCAAGAGAGGAAGAGCUAGCAAAAUCAUUAAGACCGACCAUCACAUGUUUGAUGCUUCUCCAAUCGACAUUGACGAAGCUGCCAUUGAUGCAGAGUUGGAGGCCAUGGAGGUCGAAACGAAGCCGCUACCUAAGGCAAAGGGUGCAAAAGCAAAGCAGCCUCGGAAGGUGUCUGCGAAGCAACGGUCUGCCGGGCAAAAGGCUGCUGAUGCGGCGGCUGAAGCAGAACGUCAAGCCGAAGAUGAAGCUACUCAGCAGAUUACGGAUGAGCUUGAGCAUAGCAUAUCUGUGCAACACUCGUCGCCUGUCAUCCAGCAAAAGAAGCAGCGAGCACCUGUCCGCCAGCCUUCAAAGAAGGCGCCUGGAAGAGCUACUAGAGGUUCUGUUAUGUCUGUGAGCGAGCACAGCACUUCAAUGGUCGAUGAUAUUCCCAAUGAGCAAAUUGCUGAAUCUGGAAAUGACACAGACGAUAGCAUUGCUAGCCAGUCCACAGUCGUUCGAGGCGGGUCGAAACGACGUGGCAGCACAAUGAAGAAAGGGAAGGGCGGAAAGAAGGGUCCUGGCAGAAACAUAGAGGAGAUCGUGCACAAAGUUCAAGAGCAGGACCUAGAAGUUGAAGAAGAGGCGCCAGUUCCGUCUGAAAAGGGUAAAAGAACACUCCACAUCGAAGAGAUCACCAUGACGGAGGAGACGUAUUAUUCUACUGCUCCCGAGAUGUCUGUAGCCGAGCCAGAGAUUGAAAAAGAGGAACCCGCUCCUCAACCAGCCAAGCCAAAAACUACAAAAGCUCGAGGGAGGCCACGGAAAGUCUCCACGCCAGCACCAGCACCUGCAGAGACUGUGCCAGAAGAGGAGGAAAUCAUUGGACAGGAGGUUUCUGUCCCACCUGAGCCAACGCCUGUUAAGGCUCACUCCCCACUUCGAUCUUCGACUCCGCCACCAAGGGAGUUGACGCCAUCGCAAAGCCCACAGUCUUCAGAUGCAGAAAAUCACCCACCUUCAUCAAAGCCCUCCGCGCUCGCCCAGAGGUUGGCGACUCCGACUUCUUCCAGGCCACGCGUUCCCCUCUCCGAAUCCACGCCGAUCAUGUCUCCAUCCAAGAGAAAUAUCAUUGCAGGACUCCAAAGUAACCAGCCAUGGACAUCAGUCGACCUAGAGACAAUUUUCCCCAAGUCUCCUAGGGCCACAGGGUCCGCUGGUGACGUCUUUGGAAAUGCAGUGGACAAAGUCAAGAACGGUGAGUUGACGAGUCCUGAGAAGAGGAUGACGGUUGAAGAGUGGAUCAAGCACAAUGCUGCUAUGGCCGAAGAGAAAUUGAAAAGCGAGUGUGAAAGAAUGGUGAGUGUUUUUGAGAGCGAGGGAAGUCGAGCCAUGCAAGCUUUAGAGGGAGUUGAAUGUUUGGAAUGAUGGGAUACAAAGGACUAGAUGAUGAUGAUUUUUAAUGCUUGGGCUUGGGUAUGAAUACAUGACAUCUGGCGUCACGGGGUUGUAGACUCUACUAUCAUCACUCACGGUGUAGCAAU